AUGGCUGGUGGCAAAGUGCGACGACCACAAGCUGAUAAAGGGUGGGCUUGGGUUGUGAUGCUUGCAUCCUUUGGGUGCCACCUCAUCAUUGGUGGCCUGCAACAUACUAGUGGUUUGGUUCGAUAUGCACUGCAAGAGAAUGUCCAAAAGGAAAAUCUACAUUAUGUUUCUUGGCUUGGGUCUGUAUAUUCUGGUCUAAUCAGCUUAACAGGGCCACUAUCAAGUUUAAUGGUGUAUAAUCUGGGUUGCCGGGCAACUGUUUUGAUUGGGGCAACAUUAGAAACGAAAUUGGUUUUUGGCAGUCUUCUUCAACCUUCCACCAUUGAAAUGGCCCAGACAAAGAGGUUUUGGCAUAAAGAACCUCCCUCGACUUACCCAGAUGGAGAUAUAGAAUUAGAAGUGCGGAAGGAAACAACUUCAGUCAUGCUUAAGAAUGCUCUCUCUGCUUUGUCAUUAAAUUCCCAUCAAAGCAGCCGACCAGAUUAUGAGAGAGUAUGUACCACAGAGCAGACUAUGUCCGAGCACCAUAGUUCAGCUUUAAGCAUUGGAACAAACAAAGAUUUCAAAAGAAGCCAUGAGUUUUACAAAGAUGAACUCACUUACUCCAUCUCAAAUCUUGACACAGUAAAAAGAGAAGAACAUUACCCCAGCAUCCAUCGAAAUUUCAAAUUCUUCAACUUCCUUUUCUGCCUUUUGUGUGCCAGCACAGCUGAAGGUAUGGUUUACUUGUUGGUGCCUAGUUAUUUCAUCAGUAAUGGUUCUUCUCCAAAUGAAGCUUCAAGAAUUCUUUCAUUGGUUGGAGUGUCCUCAACACUGACACGACCACUCAUGGGAUUCCUGGCCAAUUCCAAUGUGGCUGAUAUCUUCCUCUUGUUCCUGGCCCCUUAUGGAAUCCUGGGAGUAUUUACCCUCUUCUUGCCAUUCUAUGUACAUUUGUUGGCAGGGAAAAUAAUCUUUGCAAUUUUGUUCGGACUUUAUAAUUGUUCCGUGUACGCUUUGUUAAAUAAACUAACGUUGCGGAUUACAGGGAUUGAAAAUAUGGCUGCUGCCUUCGGCCUGGAAAUGUUCAUUUGGGGAAUGACAGGGAUCUUGGGAACUCCAUUAGCAGACAGCAUUAUUCAAUGGACUGGUUCAUUCAGCUCAGCCUUCGUUUUUGCAGGUUCCAUAUUUAUUUAUCUCUGUCUAUUCAAUACCUAUCUAUCUCAAUUCAAAAGAAAAAUCUAUCUAUUUAUCUAUCUAUAUGAACAUUUUUCUAUUCAUAUCUAUCUAUCUAUCUAUCUAUCUAUCUAUCUAUUUAUCUAUCUAUCAAACCAAAAUUUUGGUAUCUUUCUCAGUCCAAAACACUUUAAAACUGUUUGUUUUGAAACAUCAAAUGUUUUUUUUUUUUAUUAA